GGCAUGUGUGGCCUCCGCGGGCAUGGCAUCUGCGGUAUUUGAGGGCACGUCGCUGGUGAAUAUGUUCGUGAGGGGCUGCUGGGUGAAUGGCAUCAGGAGACUGAUCAUCAACAGACGGGGCGACGAGGAGGAGUUCUUCGAGAUCCGCACUGAGUGGUCUGACCGCAACGUGUUGUACUUGCACCGAAGCUACUCAGACCUGGGACGCCUCUUCCAGCGGCUCCGAGACUCUUUCCCCGAGGACCGACCCGAGCUGUCACGAUCCCCGCUCCUGCAAGGGCUAAUUGCAAUAAAGGAUGCUCAUGAUAUAGAAGCCAGACUUAAUGAAGUGGAGAAACUUCUAAAAACUAUUAUUAGCAUGCCAUGCAAAUAUUCUAGGUCAGAAGUGGUGCUUACCUUCUUUGAAAGAUCCCCUUUAGAUCAAGUAUUAAAGAAUGAUAACGUACAUAAAAUUCAACCGAGUUUUCAGAGUCCAGUCAAGAUAUCAGAAAUCAUGAGGUCCAAUGGAUUUUGUUUAGCAAACACUGAGACAAUAGUUAUUGACCACAGUAUACCAAAUGGAAAAGACAAUCACUUGGACGUGGAUUCAACAGAACAUUUGUUUGAGAAUGGCAGUGAGUUUACCUCAGAGCUAGAAGACAGUGAAGACCCAGCAGCCUAUGUCACCAACCUGUCCUACUAUCACCUGGUCCCUUUUGAGACGGACAUUUUGGACUGACCUUCCAGUAGACCAUUCACCUACCUUCUGGCCUUUUAUUACUGACUUAUGCUGCUGUUCCAUAGCUGCCAACCACUUAAAUUAAAAGGUGGUCAUCUAAUCCCAGAUUUGACAUGAUGCCUGCAAUGAAAUCAGUUCUAUGGCUCAGAUUGUCAGUGGGUCUCCAGGCCCUUCUUAAGGUACAAGUUUUUGGAAGACAGUGGAAACAGGGGAAGAGAACUCACAUCCAGGUGGAUUCUGGUAUGAGGGAAGGGUAUAUGGCAAAGUUUGUAGCAGCCUCGGAAGCCUCAGGACCACCUAUAUGACUGACUGUAGUCAAAGAAUCCUUAUGGAAAUUCCUUUUCCUUUCAGUAAAACCAGCCUGUUUUUUUCAUUUCCUGGGGAGCCUACACGUCACACCUGGUGCAAUGGAUAACCACCCAGUGCCUACAGGGGAGACAUACUGUAAGGGCAAUGACUCCAUUUAGCUCUGACAGGUCUAUACUCUAUUGUUUCCUGAAGAGGAGCGUCCCACUUUCUCCUCUUUCUUUAAAGUGCCCUGGGCAUCCCCUUCCUGACCCUGUUCUCCUCCACCCUCACACAUACCUGUGACUCACAUGUCAAGUUUAGAAAAUACUUGGAAUAAGAUUGUGAACCAUUGCCCAGUUCUGAAGACAGGAAGGGAAAGUGAGUCAGCCAGCCAGGCCAUGAGUAGCUACAGGAUUUCCCUGGGAACCAGGAUGUGUAUUGUGGUCGUUGUUUUCAGCUCACAUCUGGACAAGUGGGCUCUACUAAGACUUGCUCUUAUUGUUGUUCCUGGAGGAUAAUCACCAAUGGGUAAUGUCAUCUGCAGCACAAGGGGAGACCUUUGAGGAUCAGACUUCUCCCUGGAUAAGCUCAGACUGAUUUAAUGAUAGGCUUUGGGAGAUCAGGCCAAAAGGAAAAGAGUCUGUUCUGGGCUAACAGCUCUUCAAUGUAGGAGUAAUGAGUGUCUUUAUUACCACCCAGCAGUCAGAGGUUUGACCUCACUUGCUGUUCCUCAAGUAUUUAAUGAAAUAAUUACCAUGCUUAAUCUGAAAGGAUGGGAAACAGGAAGAAAGCUAUUUGUGAGUUGGUUACCUCUCCAGUGGUGGUUUCCUUAGCCUGGGAGCACCCCUCGGUGCUUUGCCUUACAUUCUCCCAACAAACUUUCCAUUGCUAAGUGUCUACUAACCACAAACAUUUGCUAAUGUAAAUAAUAAUAAAUUAUUGAGAGUCCUAAUUCUUUUACACAGUCUGUUUUAAAAUCUAUUUUAAUGAAAUAAAAUAUAUUACUCUCCUUAAGUCUAUUUAA